AUGUUCGUCAACAACCCCUACGCUCAAGCUGGAUGGCACAACCCUCAAAACCCGCAUUCCAUUAACAACGCGCCCUGGCGCCCCAACCCAUGGCAUCCUCCUACAUUCGGCGCUCUUCCUCCUCCUGAAGACCGACCUGCCUCCGUCCUUAGCUUCGAGUUCGCCCCUCUCAACCCCGACAUCUUUAACUGCAUAGUCACCGGACCGAACCAUACGAAGUUUUUCGACAUUACGACCGCGUCGGGGCGGACUCACAUCCGUAAAGCUUCAGAGGAUUUCGCGAGGAUAGAUUGGAGUCAGCAUCCAACUGUGGAGGCGCGAGGAGUUCUUGCGAGGCAAAGAGCUGGCGAUUUCUUGAAGCUCACGUCUGAACAAAGUUACAGGACGAUGACCAUCAGUGGCCGUACAUAUGCCUGGAUACCACGUGAGACGGGAAUCUACUUGUACAGCGCUGGUCCGAAUCCGCCUGCGCAGUUCGCUAGACUUACGCUCUCCCACGACAACACGAAAGUUGUCCUCGAGAUAACGAGUGAAGCAUUCGGCGUCGGGCUCUUCGAGCCGUGUAUCAUUUCGGCCGUGCUUCUCUUUAGCGCCCGCAACAUUGAUUAG